AUGUCAUCGUCGCCGCUGGGAGUCAAGCGCCGUCGCGUGGAAGAUGCCACGCGCAGACUCACCAAGCCAUUCGUCUCGCCCAUGCGCACCAACAAACCCACGGCAGCGCCAUUACCGCCCGCAACAACUUCUCAACCAUUCGUCUACACACCCAGUUCGCUGGCACACACUGUGCAAGUCGCCUAUCCGCCACCAAAGCCCACCAUUUCUUCUCCAAGACCGCUCUCAAGAAAGUACACCACCACUACACCUGUUCGAAGACCCGCAACAAGUCUCACUUCCUCGAGAAAGAAGCUUGCCAGUCCGGAAGAAGUAGCAGCACAGAAGGCGAUCGCAAUCAUCGAAGCACAGAUCCGAAGAACCAAAAACGACCUUGAUACUCUCAAACAAGCACAACAUAUCACAUCCACAUCCACCGACGCGGAUCUAGAACAGCUGGCCGACAAAUGGCGUCUCGCCUCGCAAGCCAUUGCGGAAGAUUUGUUCGGUGCCGUAAAGGAACGUGUAUGUAGGAUGGGAGGUGUGGCUGCUUGGCGGGAGAUGGAGAAGAAAAAACACGAUCGUAUGCAUGGAAUUGGUGAAUUUGCUAGGGAGGAGGAGGUCAUACAACCGGAUGAUGCGGACUGUGAGUUUGAUGACGAAGGGGAGGAGUUGCCAGAGGAUGAGCAGGAAUAUCGCAAGAAGAUGAAGCGGCAGGCCGAGCGUGAAAUGGCUGAAGCUGCGGAGGGGAUUGAGGAUAUACAGACUGAGCCGGGAGACGCCACAGGGAAGGAAAAGCUCUGGGAGGAGCCAGGGAAUGAUGACGAUUCUUUCGCGAUGGACAUGAUGCUACGAUCGCUCAACAUCGAGCUCGACGUUAUCGGGUACGACAGGGUGGAACAGCGAUGGAUCUUGUGA